GGGUAACAACAAAAAAAAAUACAUGCUUGAGGACUUGAAGUAAAAAUUACAAAGAUUUAACUUAGCCUGUGUUACUGGAUCCAAUUGAUGGCACAAGAGGAUUUGUGAUGGGAAAUAAGGCCUUGUAUGUGGUAGGUUUGGCUCUUGUAGUUGAUGGGGAGAUUGUAUUAGGUGUCAUGGGCUGUCCGCACUGGCAGGAAUCAAACAAAUGUAUCUCUGGAGUCCAGGAAGAGAAGAGCAUUCCAUUUGGAACAGGGCUUCUUAUGGUCUCACAUAUUGGUUGUGGCACAUGGACAAGAAGUUUAUCAUCUGUGAUAAAUGGCACACCCAGGACUCCUUACUCAUGGACUCGUAGCUUUGUUGAUGACUGUUCUAUAGUGCCUCAGGCUCGCUUUUGUAUCACAGAGAGUGAAGCAUGGGAGGCAUUGCCACCGGCAGCUUUAUUUACCUCAACAACUAAUGCUGAGAGUGUUGGUCAAAGUCAAGUACUCGUUUUGAAACCUUGUUGUGGAAGUUUAUGCAAGUAUUUAUUGGUGGCUUCAGGUAGGGGUUCUGUUUUCAUUCAGCGACAGAAAGAUAAAGUUGUAAAGGCUUGGGAUCACGCUGUUGGUAUUAUAUGCGUACUUGAAGCAGGAGGAACGGCAACUGACUGGGAAGGAAAUCAAGUUGAUCUUGCAGCAGAUGAAGUCGGACGGAGGAUUAUAUACCCUCAAGGUGGUUUCCUUGUGAGUAAUGGCAAGAUACAUAACCAGCUUCUGGAACUGAUAUCUUCCACUUCAUCAACAGUUUCAGCUAGCCGUAUAUAAUACGUGUAUGAUUCUUCAUUCAUUUUUUCGACACAUGAUUUUAAUAAUCUUGGAUAGGAGGUAAAUAACAUUUACUUCAGCUAUCAUCAAAUUAUGAAUUCCAAUAACAUUUACUUCAGCGAUCAUCACAUUAUGAAUUCGUUGGAUUUCAUACGUAUCACAGUGAUUCAUCUUCACAUCAUACAUGUUCUUCUCCAACUACCAGAUCUCACUAGAAGGGAAACCAAAUCCUUUACAUUUCAUUGUAUCAAUCAAACUUUCUAUUAGUAGUGAAUUUGAUUUCAUCUAGUACAACACUGGUCGAGUUUUGUAGAAACAGUCCUUUCUGAUGCUUGGUCUAUGGGGAUUGGGGCAGCUGGUGCAUUAUCUCACCCAGUAGAAACACACACUUGAAGUUCUUCAUCAUUGUGG